CUGCACUUCACGCAACUCAUCUUCGGGCUGACCACCCUCAUCCUCUACGGCAAGGACAUCCACGCCGCGCAUGCGGAAAAUAAACAUGCCGAUUCACGAUGGGUGUAUGCUAUCGUGACGGGGAUGAUGGGGUGCGGGACGGCGCUGUUUUAUUUGGUCUUGAUGCAUUGGGUGUUGAAGAAACGGACGCCGUUGGCGGCGAGGGUCCGGUGGAAUUUACCGUUGUUUGUGUGGGAGGCGGUGUUGUGUGUGUUUUGGUUGACGCUGUUUGGGAUCUUUGGGGAGAUGUAUAUUGGGGAUUAUGAGGAUAGUAGUAAGGUGACGAGGAUGAGGCAUGCCGUGUGGGUGGAUUUGGUCAAUUUGGGGCUGUGGGUGGGGAGUGCGCUGUGGAAGGGGAUGAGGUGGUGG